AUGCGGACAUCUGCAGUGUUGUUUGUGUAUCCGUUUUUGGCUGGGUUGAUUUUCGGGACCUUUCAGAAAAGCUACACUCGCAUGGCAUCCAUAAGAGAGGAUGUUGCUGCUGCCAAGACGACUACCGGAAUGACCAAUGCUAAUGCUAAUAUAUCCCAUGCUCCAAAUAAUCGAACUGCAGCUCCAUCUCCCAACCACAACAGCUCCUUCCAGCAGCAGCAGCAAAAGUACCGGUAUACCCCCAAGGACCAUUACUGUUCCGACAAGUGCCACGACAUGUUUGCCACUGUGUUGGGCUUAUUGAGCCAAGAAGAAACAAACGCCAAUCUGACACAAAAACUCCACAAAGCAUCCGACUGGAAGAACUGUCAUUGCGACAACCGAUUCUGCCAACAACCCCUGAAAUUGCGACCCCCUCCCACAUACAGUGUCAUUGGACAUUCCUUGACGUACUGUCCGUGGUCCAAUCAAGCCAUUGAUACACUACUGCAGUUGCUCAAUCGCAACCAAAACGAAACUAGUGUUUGCACACCCUCAAAGGUGGAACAGUUUUAUCCCGACAAAGCGUGGGAACGAUACAAUUUUGGAGAUUUCUUCAAGAAAAAGGGAAUUUGGGAGACGGACCAACAAUGGCACCAAACACCCAAACCAGCCGGGAGUCUCAUGGAGGCAUUCUACAAGUACGGUACACAGCACUACAAUCUGUCCAAUUCAGAGGUAUACAGUGCCAACAAGUACAAAAUAUUGGCACAUGUCGUAUCGGAACGAAUACGCAACAACACCACCAACAACAUUGCAUUGCCUCCACCCAGAACACUGGUCAUUCAUUUGCGACUCGGAGAUGUCAUUGAUUCCGCCGCAGACUCGGUCGCGGAGUUACUCCAAGAGCCUCCAAAGUAUUAUUGGCGACAACUUGCCAGUGGCAAAUGCUGUGGCAAGCCGUGGGAGCGCCCGGACGCUCCACCCCAUGCCAUUGCCUGGAAUCAAUACGUCCGACCCCUCUCGUACUAUACGACGCGUUUGCUCCAAUCCCCCCAACAAUUGACACAAUACGACACGGUCGUACUCAUGGGAGCGGCCCACAAGGGACAAGACUUGCCGUCAGACGUUUCGUCGGCACGAGGCAGUUGUCUCUACACGCAGGCACUCGAAACAUAUGUGCGCACCAUUUGGCCUCAUGUCAACGUUCGAUGGAGGUUGGCACAACCGCCCGAUAGUGACAUGAUCUUUGCAUCGCAGUCGGCGGGAGUACUGCAAUCGGGAGGAGGCUACUCCAUGAUUCUCAAACAACUGCAAAAGCAAUUUGUGGCCAUGCAACAACAACAACAACAGCAGUCGUAG